AUCCCAGCCCUGAUUUCUACAGACAAAGAUGCCUGAACUGACCGAAAUCAAGAACGAGGCUGCGCCCUCCACCUCCGCGGAGGCAAAACCCGAGGACGUGCGCGUCGAGGACGAUGGCAGCGAUAGCGACUCUGAUGGCGGCAUGCCCGGUCUGGAGGAGGCUGGAGCGGCCACCACACAGCUGGGCGGAGGAGCCACCGGUCUGCCCAUCGACCUGGUCUCGAAGGCCAAGCAGUCGCGCGGAGAGAAGAAGGCCAGGAAGAUCAUGCUGAAGCUGGGCCUCAAGCAGAUCCAGGGCGUCAACAGGGUGACGAUCAGGAAGUCGAAGAACAUCCUCUUUGUGAUCAACAACCCGGAUGUGUACAAGAACCCGCACAGCGACACCUACAUCGUGUUCGGCGAGGCCAAGAUCGAGGAUCUGUCGCAACAGGCCCAGGUGGCCGCCGCCGAGAAGUUCAAGGCCCCCGAGGCUGCUGGCGCUGCCGACAGCGUGGGUGCCACCACUUCGGUGGCCCCAAUUGCCGAGGAAGACGAGGAGGAGGUCGAUGACACCGGCGUCGAUGAGAAGGACAUUGAGUUGGUCAUCACGCAGGCCAACACGACGAGGGCAAAGGCCAUCAAGGCUUUGAAGAACAACAGCAACGACAUAGUCAACGCCAUUAUGGAGCUGACCAUGCUCUAAAGCGGGCUCCAGCUGAUGCUGCAAUCCUGAUUUUGUUGUUUACCCGCCUUUCGAUACACUCUACUGACCCAAAUGUUGUGCAUGCCCCUUGCGGGCAGCAUGUUACCAGUCGAACAUUUAACUAUAUUUCAAAAGAUUAUUGAGUCUUAAUAAAAGUGGAUUUCUUUCUGAUA